AUGCUAAUAUAUGGUGAUAAAUAAGAUAUAGAAAACAGCUAAAAUAAUUAAUGUAAUCCAACUAUAUUAUAUUGUAAUCCAAACGCAGGAUAUUACGAGACUUUAUAUUUCGAUAGUUAAUGGAUAGAAUUUUAUACUUAAAAAGGAAUGAAUUUAAUGCUUUGGAAUUACCGUGGAUAUGGUUUUUCAUAAGGAAAUCCAAACCCAAAAGAUAUAUUUUCAGAUGGAGAAAUAAUAAUAAAAUACCUUAGAGAAGAAGAAAAACUAAAUAAAAUAGGUACACACGGGCAAAGUCUAGGCGGUAUGAUUUCUUGUUAUUUAGCUUAAAAAGUAAAACUAGAUUUUUUAUGUGCUGACCGUACUUUUUCAUGUAUUUCUGAUAUUGCAUAUUUUGGAUUUGCUAAAUGGACUAAAUUUUUAAUAAAAAUUUUGGCUAAAGAUUUGGAUAUUUGGUCACCAAAAAAUUAUUCAGAUAGCAAUUGUUAUAAAAUAAUUACUUAUGAUGUAAAUGAUAAUAUUAUUCCUUAUAUGGCUUCUUUGAAAAAUGGAAUUAUUAAAUAAGUUUCAUUUAAAAUAUUCAAAAUUUAUUUGAAACAUUGA